GGAUCGCCCUUGGACAUUUUAAAGAUGUAUUCGUGGGUAGUGAGUACUUAUUCGUCUCCAGCUCUGACAUUCUUGGUGCCUUCGUCGACCUAAGAUGAGCUAACUGCGCCCCGCUUGGUCGAGAAGCUGAAGAUCCAAUCACAGAAGAAUGUCAGACAAGUGGCAGAGAUUUGCGUACGUGUUGGUGGGCGAGUUCAAGGGUCUGUCCGUUCAAGAGGCAAAGCCCAUUGCCUCGCCAACAUUCACUUGGCCGGAGUAUCAGUGUACUUCCCUGGCUCUGCCCUCUCCGCAAACUUGUGUGCAACCCUGGCGUACAUUAUUACCAAUCUUGCGGCCAGCGUUGGCAGUUUUACUUAUCGCCUUGGUCUACAUCCUCGACAAAACGCUGCCCAAAUAUUGCAGCGUUCAUCUUUCGCUCAUCGGCGUCUUUACGAAGACGCUGCUUCUCUUCUUAUGCCUAUUGAGAGCCCAACCAGGAAAACACGCUAGUAACUACGACAUCUCCCGCUCUACUGGACAGACAUCUUCUAUGCCUAGAACCAACGGGACGCAUGAAAUUGCUGGACGAGCAAUUCUGAUGACCCCCAGAAACACUCCAUUCCCAUCUACCCUUGUCCAUGCAUCACCCUCGCUCAUUUGUAGCACAAUCAGACUCACAACUUCCCGCACGUACACACUCCAGCAACUGGAUCUAUUUCACAACUUUACAAGCUUCUUCUCUCUGUUGCAGUGUCCCCACUUUGUGGUUUUGUUGUAGAUUCACGCACCACAGCUGGCGGACGGACCCUUGGCAAAUUCGAUUUGUUAAUCUUAUCGCUUGUGGAACCC